AUGGUGCUGAACAUGUGGGACUUUGAAACUGGACAGCGGAGAGACAUGGAGGACGGAGACCUGGUGAACGACACGGUAGAGCUGUCGUCGCUGCUUCCCCUGGGGGAUGGCAACGAGAGCCAGCUGUUUUUCUCCGCCGCCUCUGCCUCGGCCCUGGACUUUCCAGUGAAUCCCUGGGACAUCAUGCUGUGCCUUUCGGGUACCGUGAUCGCAUGUGAGAACGCUCUCGUGGUGGCCAUCAUCGUCUACACCCCGACGCUGCGCGCGCCCAUGUUCGUGCUCAUCGGUAGCCUGGCGACGGCCGACCUGCUGGCCGGUGUGGGAUUAAUCCUGAACUUCGCCUUCCAGUACCUUACCUCAUCCGACACCGUGAACCUCGUCACCGUGGGCUUUCUGGUGGCAUCGUUCACCGCGUCGGUCAGCAGCCUUCUCGCCAUCACCGUGGACCGUUACUUCUCCCUCUAUAACGCGCUCACUUACUUCUCCGAGAAGACAUUGCACUGCGUGCACCUGAUGAUGGUAGGCACGUGGGGCGUGUCGCUGUGCCUUGGGCUGCUGCCGGUGUUGGGCUGGAACUGUCUCGAGGAGCCCAGCACCUGCAGCAUCGUGCGCCCGCUGACCCGGAUGCACGUCACGGUGCUGGCCGCCUCUUUCUUUGUGGUGUUCGGACUAAUGCUGUGCCUGUACUUCAAGAUCUGCAAGAUAGUGUGCCGCCACGCGCAUCAGAUCGCCUUGCAGCAGCACUUUUUCAGCACCUCGCAUCUCGUGGCCACCAAGAAAGGCGUCUCCACUUUGGCCAUCAUCUUGGGAACGUUUGGCGCCAGCUGGCUGCCGUUUGCCGUAUACUGCCUAGUGGGGAGGCAGGAGUAUCCAGAGGUGUACACGUACGCCACCCUGCUUCCUGCCACCUACAACUCUAUGAUCAACCCCAUCAUAUAUGCCUACCGGAACACAGACAUCCAACGCGCGCUGUCCGUCUUGUUUUAUGGUUGUUUUCAAGUGAAUGCGUCUUACCGGUCUAGAUCCCCGAGUGAAGUGUGA